AUGAGAAUGACCCCACUUCCUGGAUUUACCACAUCUGUGCAGAAGCUGAAUGGCUCAGAGGCACUCAGACCCACUGAGGCUGCACCCACUCAUGCCCAGUCACAAAAUACACCAGGAGAUGGGUCAAUUUCUACUAUCAGAUACAAAUUUCUGAAUGAAAUUCAUAAAGUCAACUUACCCUCUUGGGCUUUGGUGGCACUGAGCUUCAUCCUCAUCCUUUUGGCAUUCAGCUGCUGCUUCUGCAUCUGCAGCAAGUUUGUGUUCAAGAGAAAAAAGGAAAAACCUGAAAAAGAAAAAAGCAAAAAGGACCGUAUUGGAAUGACGACGGUUAAAGAUGAGGGCGCAAUGCAGACUUUACAUCAUGAUCCUAAAUCUAAGAAGGAGCUGAAUACAAAAGAGGAUGUGAAGCUUGGCAGACUGCAGUUCACACUCGACUACAACUUUACUGAUAGCACACUUAUUGUAGGUGUGAUCCAGGCUGCAGAUCUGGCUGCCAUGGAUAUGAACGGGACAUCUGAUCCAUAUGUCAAGCUGUAUCUCCUCCCAGACAAGAAAAAGAAGUUUGAGACUAAAAUCUACAGAAAGACCUUGAACCCUACUUUCAAUGAGCACUUUAUGUUUAAGGUUCCAUACACAGAGCUGGGAGGAAAGACAUUAGUCAUGACAGUGUAUGACUUUGACCGGUUCUCCAAGCAUGAUGCCAUCGGAGAUGUAAGGGUGCAGAUGAACAAAGUUGAUUUUAGUUAUGUUACAGAGGAAUGGAGAGACCUGCAGAAGGCACAAAAUGAGGAGCAGGAGCGGUUGGGUGAUAUUUGCCUGUCCCUGCGUUACGUUCCCACAUCAGGUAAACUGACUGUUGUCAUUUUGGAAGCCAAAAACCUUAAGAAAAUGGAUGUCGGUGGACUCUCAGACCCUUAUGUAAAGAUUCACCUGAUGCAAAAUGGCAAAAGGCUAAAGAAGAAGAAAACAACAAUAAAGAAAAACACCCUGAACCCAUAUUACAAUGAAUCAUUCAGCUUUGAAGUUCCAUCUGAACAAAUACAGAAGGUGCAGGUUGUACUGACAGUCCUAGACUACGACAAGAUUGGCAAGAAUGAUGCCAUUGGGAAGAUCUUUGUAGGAAUGAACAGCUCAGGGACUGAGCAGCGUCACUGGGAGGACAUGCUGGCUACUCCAAGAAGACCUAUUGCUCAGUGGCAUGCCCUAAAAGCUAGGGAAGAUGUGGAUCCAGAGCUAUCAAAGAAAUAAUUUAUUGUGUAGGUUACUGUAAUAUACUGGUCAAACAGCUGUAAUUACAGUAUAUACUGUUGAAAAGUGUACUGUAUGUGUAAGGAUUACAUUUAACAUACUUCCCAAUCAGUGGUACUCCCAGUGCAGAGACCACUCCUACCUCAUGUGUUUUUGGUCAUUUUAACUAUUUCCAGGGGCACCACUACAAUUUUUGGGCCCCCCUGAAACCAUCUGAAAUUUACAUUACUCUCAAUAAAACUGGUCCUUUAAUAAUCCUUAA